UAAUUUUAUCUCUUCCACGUACACCAAGAUUUAACCAGAACGUUCUCUCUCUCUCUCUAAAAUAAUAAAUCACUGUGACAGAUCUUUAAAGACUCCCACCCUUUCCCUGCCACGUGCGUCUCCUCCUAUAAAUUCAACACCCUACUCCCAAUGAGAAAAUAAAAAAACACACAUACUGCACAAAACACACACUCAAAACUCUCACAUUGCUUCUAUAUUUUUCUAAAGAUGAGGGGUUCAAAAUUUGCUGUGGUACUUUUGAUCUGCUUGUUGCAGCUCUUCUUGUUACUCGAACCAUCUGAUGGGUCAUCAGUGCUUCCCUUCGCGGAACGCUCUCCGUUUGGUGGUCUGUGGUCGGAUCCUUUCCCGGAUCCGUUCCGGAUGCUCGAACAGAUACCACUUGGGUUGGAGCGGGACGAAAGUGUGGCCGUUGCUCCGGCGAGGGUCGACUGGAAGGAGACUCCGGAGGCUCACCUCAUCAUGCAGGACGUGCCGGGCCUUAAGAAGGAGGAGCUGAAGAUCGAGGUGGACGAGAACCGCGUGCUGCGUAUCAGCGGAGAGAAGAAGAGGGAAGAGGAGGUGAAAGGGGAUAAGUGGCACCGUGUAGAGAGAUUAUAUGGUAAGUUCUUGAGGCAGUUCCGGUUGCCGGAAAAUGUGGACUUGGACUCCGUCCAGGCCAAGCUUGAGAAUGGCGUGUUAACUAUCUCAAUUGCCAAGUUGUCUCCGGAUAGGAUCAAGGGUCCCAAGGUUGUUAACAUUGCCGUCAGAGAAGAACAAUCACAUGACAAGCUGGAUGCCAAAGCUAACAAGGAGACCAAGCAAGAGCUAUAAGUUUUUUGUUUUUGUUUUUUUGUUUUUUGUUUUUUUGUUUUUUUUGUUGGGUAUGGUGUGUCUGUGUGUCCCUGUGAGACUCCCAAGCUUGCUUCUAGAAGCAAAAUGUAGAGACAUGUUAUGUAUUGGGUGAAAAUUGAAUAAGAUUUGCAUCUUUCUUCACCAA